UUCAUCCCUCUCUCCUGCUAUUUGAAUAGAGAGCCUGCGGAGCACUCUUUUGUUCAGUAGCGCUCAGCUGCUGGAGAGGUGAGCACCACUCUGGCUGGCGCUCAUCCACUCAUCGCGGCUGCUGAUUCGACAAGUCCCCGAAAGACGCAAGGACACGUCUCUGUAUCCAGGCGCACUGCACACGAAACGACACAGACCCUGUCUCCCUGUCUGACAGAAAUUCCUCGGACUCGCGGGGCUUUUACGCGUCUCUUGGAUGGUUCAGCUUCCCUGACUGUGGCGCUACCACCUGCACUGUAUCACACAGACGCUCCUGUAAAGCUGCGGCAUCGCUCUACAUUCCUGUAGACGGGACCUGACUUGAUCUGAAAGGUGAAGGUGCAGCAGGAUGCAGGGCUUACUGCCUGUUUGUGGACCGCAGCUCCUGCUGGCCCUCCUUCUGCUUCAAACUGCGGUCUGGGGCUUAACCAGUGCAGAUACAGUGGUGAAUAUGCGGAAGGUUACCCAUCAGACCAUAAGUGAGGAGCUUUCUAAAACAGUUCUGCUCCCUUGCCUCUUCACCCUCCGCCCCAGUGCUGGUUCAUUCCAUGAGCCGCCCAGAAUCAAGUGGACUAAGGUUUGGGGCCAAAGAGGCUCUGAUGGCCUGCAAAAGGAACAGUCAGUCCUGGUGGCCAAAGACAAUGUGGUCAAGGUGAAGAAGGCCUUCCAGGGUCGUGUCACACUGCCUGGUUAUAAUAAGAACCGCUACAAUGCCAGUCUCGCUCUGACUGGGCUGCGCUCUAGCGACUCUGGUCUAUAUCGGUGUGAGGUAGUGGUGGGCAUUAAUGAUGAGCAGGACACAGUUCCUCUGGAGGUCACAGGUGUUGUAUUCCACUACCGGGCCCCUCAUGACCGCUAUGCCCUGACCUUUGCUGAUGCCAAGAGGGUGUGCAUGGAGAACUCAGCGGCCAUCGCAACACCUGGUCAGCUGCAGGCUACCUUUGCUGAUGGCUAUGACAACUGUGACGCUGGCUGGCUUUCUGACCAGACUGUACGGUAUCCCAUCCAGUCACCACGGCCAGGUUGCUAUGGGGAUUGUGAGGACUCACCUGGAGUUCGUAACUACGGCAAUAGGUCCCCUGAUGAGCUGUUUGAUGUCUACUGUUUUGCUAAGCGUCUUCAAGGUGAGGUUUUUCACUCCACAGUGCCAGAGAAGCUGAGCCUUGCCACCGCCUCCACUCACUGCCAUUCCUUGGGAGCCCAGCUGGCUACUGUUGGGCAGCUCUUCCUCGCCUGGCAGGCUGGUCUUGACCAGUGUGAUCCCGGGUGGCUCGCUGAUGGCAGCGUUCGCUAUCCCAUCAACGUCCCGCGGAAGAACUGCGGUGGAGACGAGCCUGGGGUACGGACUGUCUACAACAACCCGAACCGGACUGGGUUUCCUGACACCGCAGCUCUGUUUGAUGCCUACUGCUACCGAGCCCACCAGCCAGCAGGGGUGCAGGCUGCGGAGCCACAGCCUUUGUAUCAGACACCUCACCUGGCAGCAGAGGCCAUGUCCUUAUUAACCGAAGCCCAGGAUAGUGCCUCUAUUCCUAAGACUUCCACCUGGACUGGCCUUGUUGACUUAGAUGAAGUACGAGUCCCGUCCAUUGCUGGAAUCAACAACUCAUCUGAGAUCUCCGAAGAGCAUGUGAUCACCCACUUAAGGCCUGAGGAGGGUUGGGAUGAAACUCGGGAUGGACCUGGAACGCCAGAACCCAGCCAGAAUGAGUCACACAGCUUAAAUAACAGCAAGACUCUGGGCGUUUCUGACCUUGAAACCUUCGAGAAGCAUGGAGGCUCUGCCCAUGAGGAAGAAGAUGGAAGCUACUUUGGAUCUGAGACCCCAACAUUAUCCUCAAUUUCUACUUCCACGCCCCAAGUUCAAACCAGUAAUAGUAUUCUGACUGACUUUGUUAACACUCUUAUGAGGCCUUUUAGAUACUGGACUCAGAGUGAGGAAGGCGAUGAUACAGAGAAAACACCCAUGGUGCCAGACGAAAAGACAACAAAUAACCAAACACAGGGGGAAGCGCCCAGCAGGAACCCAAGUUUUCCAAAACCCAGUGGGAAAAAGGGCAGCAUAGAUAAUGCCAUUAUGGAGCACAGAAGUGGCACUUUUUCUUUCAGGAGUCCGGUGACUGAGCUGCAGAACUCAGAAGAAGGUCUUUCCAGUGAGGAGAAAGAGGUGAUGCCAUUGAUUCAGUUAGUACCUGCAGUCCAAAGCACAGAGGCAAGUGGUACGAGCAGCCCUCCGGGAGAGAGAACAACGAGCCCCAUCGCUGACCACACUCAAUCUGCUGUUAAAGAAAUCCCUGAAUCGGAUCCCACUGAGAGCUCACCAUCCAGUGAACAUGUCAACUUCUCCAGUCUUCAGGGUCUCAGGCGACACCCUACCUUUGUUCCUGCUCCCAGCUCCCAGUUUCAGUGGGCCAUCAAAUCAAUGCGCAUUCCCAAACUAGGCCUUCCUAAAAAUGUGGGCUAUGUGGGUAAAAAACCCACCUGGGAGCCAAUGGAAGCUAAAGCAGGACCCAUUGAGAUGAUGACCCUGCCUACCUUCCUUCGACAGGACUACACAGAUAAUUAUUCAGGUGAAGGCAAAGAGCAGGAUACAGAGAAUGUCAAUACUCCAACUGCCAGAAGCGCAUCAGGAGAGGAGAAAGUGAUAGAGGGUAGUGGAGAAGGGAGCAACGUGGCGGAUGGAUUUGGAGUGAAAGACAACAAUUUGGACAGCAGUGGCAUCAAAGUGAUUACUGAGUCGAAAUCUUCACUCAGCCACAGUGAUUUUGCCACUGUGACUGAGCGCACAACUCUGUCCCACUGGCAGCUGGUGGAACAGCCCACCACCCCACCUCAGGUCUCCCAGGAAACAGAGUCAGCAGAGGAGGCUAGGGGCGAGAUCUUCUACAUUCACAGGCCUACUGACAAGCUCUCAUCUACCUCCUCACACAGCGGGGAAGUUAGUUCAAACUCCGGAUUCACCCCAGUUUAUAGAAAAGACAGUAAAGAUACAAGCACUGAUAAGGUGAUGAUUACCGCACAUGAGGCUUUGAUAGAGAUGCUGACAACUUCUGAAAUGACGACGGCAGAGCUUCUGGGCAGAGAUGCACAGACAGUGGAUCCUGCUACCACAGCAGCCACUAUAGAAAAUAGAUCUUAUACAGAGGAGCCAUCUAUUUCCAUUUCGUGGGCUCAGGAAGACAAGGAGAAAGCUACAAGUUUCCCCAACAUGCAGGGCCUCUCAUCGACUCCUGCACCCGAAGGAGCAUCCACAACCACUUCUGGAGUCAUUCACUUGACUACUGCCGUAUCAGACAUCAAGGUUGCUGCUACAGAAAUGGAAUCCAGAUCUGCCGUUUCUGAGUCUUUUGUUGUGGGAAGCCAUUGGACGCCAUUCAAGGGCUUAAAGUCAGAGGAACAUAAAACCCCGCCAACAACAGAAGAUACUGGUACAAAGAAUCCUUUUGGCAUUCUUGUACCCAGCUGGGAAUUUGGGCUCAUCCCAUCAGUGGAGAGUAAUCCAUGCCAGACCAAUCCUUGCCUCCAUGGUGGAAGCUGCCUGCAGGAAGGGGAUGGUUACAGUUGCUACUGUCCUCAGGGGUUCUCUGGAGAGAGCUGUGAGAUCGACAUUGAUGACUGCCAGUCGAAUCCAUGUCAGAACGGAGGAACCUGCAUCGAUGAGAUCAACUCUUUUGUGUGUCUUUGUCUGCCCAGCUAUGGUGGUGCUACUUGCGAAAAAGACACCGAAGGCUGCGAGCACACUUGGAGGAAGUUUCAUGGCCACUGCUACAGAUAUUUCACACGCAGACACACCUGGGAGGACGCUGAGAAAGACUGCAGGGAGCACAAUGGCCACCUGGCCAGUAUCCACAGUGUGGCUGAGCAGAACUUCAUCAGAGGUCUAAGCCAUGACAACACCUGGAUUGGGCUGAAUGAUCGGACAGUAGAAGAUGAUUUUCAGUGGACUGACAAGAUGGACCUGCAAUAUGAGAACUGGCGUGAAAACCAGCCAGACAACUUCUUUGCUGGAGGAGAAGACUGUGUGGUGAUGAUUGCUCAUGAGAAUGGCAAAUGGAAUGACGUGCCCUGCAACUACAAUCUGCCCUACGUCUGCAAGAAGGGAACAGUGCUUUGCGGGGCCCCUCCAACUGUGGAUAAUGCCUUCCUGAUUGGUCGGAAGCGUACCCACUAUGACAUCCACUCAGUAGUACGUUACCAGUGCGCCGAUGGCUUCCUGCAGCGGCACGUGCCCACUGCUAAGUGUCGUGCUAACGGCAAAUGGGACCGACCUAAAAUCAUCUGCAUAAAAUCCCGGCGAGCUCACCGUUACCGGCGCCACCACCACAAGACCAGGAGAGAGCGCAGAAAGCACAAGAGGCACAGCCACAGAGAGGGAGGCCACCACGGCAGAGAGGGAGGCCAGGGUCACAACCGCGCCCGCUUCUGAACCAAAAAAAAACAUCAUCCCCCCCCCCCUUUUUCUCCUCUGCUGCCAGCUGCAGUUUGCCUGUCUCCCUGUCGUCCCCAUUUCCCCAAACAGUUCUUCACAAUAACAGCCCAAAACUCUCUGACCAAGCCGCCUCCCUCCGGCCUUGUCCCGCACUGCAUUGUCCUGCCCUUAGCUCUCCAAGUCAGCCUGUAUCAUAGUCAACUGCAUCAACAGGACAAUAAUAAAUCCCUUUGUACUCUUUUUACUUUCCUUUCUCGGUCCGACGUUCUGGUCAUACCCUUGCUGUCUCUUACCUACCUUCUUUCUUGACCCACUUACUCUUCCCUCGAGCUCAACGAUGACCUGAAACAUGGGGCUACGCUGACCUGUUUUUAAAAAAAAAAAUCUUUGAGAGCCACACUGAACAUUCUUCAGAGAGAAGUUCCUAAAUAGGGAUUACAUCAUUGAAUUUGCUGUAUCAAAAUCAGACGAGUCAAGGAAGACGUGUUGUUGACUUGAGCCUUUUGUCUGUUGAACACAUAGUUAUUUUUUACAAAUACUCAGUGUUUACUUCUUGACUCUGCUGCUUUUGGUUCGCUCUUUGUAAGGCAUUGUACUUGACUUAAAGCGACGCUGAGUUGUUCCGAAACAGAUUUAAUUGAUUUUCUUUCAUUCAGAAGCAGUUGUAAUUGAAUUAUUUUAAUUGUUAGCGUUGUAUCUUCUUGUCAGUGUAAGACCAUUACUUUAGAUCAGAUGCUUGACCCCAGAGGAAAAUGGAAAUCGCAUCCCUUCCCAUUGCAGUUUCAGCACAUCACAUCACACAUCAGUCACUUUUCAGAAGUGUUGAACAAUAUCAAACACCUCCUGCUGCGUCAUACAUCCACACCUGUCAUUGUAGAGGGGGAAUCUGAACGUUUGAUGUCAGCUUGUCUCAACUCAGCUCAGCAGUCCCGCAUUUGCUUUGUCUUUUUUCACAAUUUGAGCUGCUGUGGGAUUGUGUGCUGUGAAUUAAUCAAGGUGAUGCAGCAGGGUGAAGAGCCUCUCACGUAUCUGCUUCGCCUUUAUUUUGAAGGUUUACUGCUGUUUUUGCUGCAUUGUGUAUUCAACAAAAGUAUGGGUACAUUCAUAUUGGGGUGUGUCAGACCAAGGACUGCAUUAGAUAGGUGCAUAAGUAUUAUUCAGUCCCUCUCUGAGUGAUGUUGUCCUAUCGUUCAAUUUUGCAAUUAAUUUUAUGUAGACGUGCAAAUGAUUAGCAAACAUGGCAGUGAGAUCACACUUUUAUACACUUUUAUAUAUCACAAAAACACAGGACUUUCUUUCAUCAGGACAACAGGUCAAGAAAAGUAAAACGCUGAUUUGGCCAUUAAUACAGGGGAAAAUGUUGCUAUAGAAACAAACUUAAAUCUUCACUCCCAGGUAGUUUAAAACAUAUGUUUUAAAACCAUCCACUUUUUUUUAUCUGUUUGUCCAGCUUAUAUGCUACAGUUAUGCUACAGUCACACUAGGGAAAACAGGGACAACAAAAUUAUUGGGACAGUUUACAAUUAACUCAUUCACUGCCAUUGACGUCUAUAGCCGUCAAUUGCAGUGAAUGAGUCAAUGGGUUUAACUCAUUCACUGCCAAUGGCUGGCAGUGAAUGAGUUAACUUGCAACCUCGCUGCCUUUAAAACGGUUGUUUCGAAGACUGAAAUCUGGCCCGUGACCAUUUGCACUCAGUUGCCAUCUUCAAAGUAACUUUGGUUUGACAAGACAGAGUUAAACUGGAAAUAAGCUUAUCCCAGGUGUUAUAUGGGUAGAGCCAGGGUACUCCGAGCACAUGUCCCAUCAAAGGGCUAACACAGAGACACAGACAACCACACCCUCUCACAUCCACACCAGUUUGGAAAAUCCUCAGAGGCACAGGGAGAACAUCCAAACUGCACGUAGACACCCACGCUCACCAUGAGGUUCAAAUCAAGAGCCAUAUUGCAGUGAGACAACAGUGUAACCACUGUGCCACAACCUUUUCAUGGCUAACAGUUCGGGAUUUGUUUGUCUCAAUCUUUAAACAUCCAGCCUUUGUAGGGCAUUAUUAGCAGUGAGUAGUUAAAAGUUAGCUAGCUGCCUGCUAGAUUUGUGUCAUUUCAUUAGGUUUUUUAAAAAAAAAUUAUUAUUAUUUUACUGAAAACAGCCAGUUGCUGCUUGUGGAAAGAGUGCUGAUGAGACUGAACCAAAAAGUAAAGUUAGGGGCUACAAAGAUUCAAUCUCUCAGAUGCUCUGAAAAUAUUAGUGAUUUUUGUCUGUGUUUGUCACUGAAAUCAUAAUUUGAUCUGUUGUCAUAACACUGACAUUCAGAACAAGGUUUAAAGAUUAAAGGACUGAAGAUGUACAUUUUUGUAGUGUAGUCUUCAGCCUUAACCAGCCCUCUGAAGCAGGAAGAAUUGAGCAAGUAGUGGGAAACAAGCACGACAACAAGCUGAGAUUGUUGCAUCAUGAAUCAGAGCUUUGUGCAGAGUAUGAGGAUGAAUAUGAUGCAGAGGAGACGGAGACAACAAGCUCUUGUUCGUCUCGUGUCUGUCUGUGUGGAUGCCGCAUGUGUGCGUUAUGGCUGAAGACGCCGACAAUGGCUGAGGUCCCAGUGGAUGACGAUAUAAAGGAUCAGCAGAGAUUAAGGCUUGCCAUUUCUGGAGUCUCGCAGCUGUUCACACCUGAGCUCGCCCCUGUCGUGUCUCCUCUUUUAAAGAGGGGAUUGAAAUGGAUAGAACAAGCACUUUGCUCCCUUUUUCUUCCCCUUUACUGCCAGGUUAAAUUGCUGUUUUUUAAAGCCAGCACUUGGGGUUAGAGCUUCUGGGAUUACACCCCAGCACUUUUAUCCCUCGUUUCUCUAUCUCGUUAUACUUUUAUCAUCACCACCUAUACACUUUAGUACCUUUCAUCUUAGUCGGGAAGUGGACAAUAAGCACACCUAAAUUCAGUUUAACUUGUUUUUUAGUGGAGAAAGCGUAGACUCAGGGUUUUCAGCAGCCUCUCGCGCAUCUUAUGAAAACACUAAACCAGGAUCGGGUUAUAUAAAGUCACUUGAGGUAAGAAAAUCUAUCCUGCGCACAUAAAUCCCCCCCGCCUUUGUUUAUCUCCCCUCACCUUGGCAAUGACAACGCUCCUCCACAUGGAGAAGAAUAGUGAUCGUAGAUCCCUGUAUCAGUUUAAUUAAUCUGCUGCAUGCCUAAUUAACAAGUUGCAUUAUCUGCAGAGCCCCAGAGCAGCCAUGACAAGGGGAAGGUUUUGCUGACGGACAGCGAGUGGAAAAUAAAGAGUGACAGACAGGAAGCCCAAAGAACUGUCAUAGCUGUCAAACAGCUGUCACUCGACGAUGUCAGACUGACACAAACUUCUUUUUUUCCGUCUUUCCUGUAAAAUAGACUGAUAAAAGAAAGCGGAUGAAUAAAAGGGCAGACCGAAGACCUAAUUCAAAUCAGAGUUGACACACAGGGACGGUUUAAUUACAGCUGCGUAAAGGUUGAGCUGUGUGACAGGACUAAAUUUUAAUGCGAUAAAGUGAUAAGGAAAUGAAUACAAGUCAGCUUCUAGUGGUUAAUAGGACUAGACAUUUGUGUUUAAGGAGAGUCUGACGUCUGUCAAUUUUUCAUUGCCUCUGCAGAGAUUUUUAGGCCUUCCAAACAAGAUGCAGAAAAUAUAUUUAAAUCUUUUAUCCCACAUGAGUUGAUAGGUUGAUAUGUGUGGAAUUUCUACUGAUAAUGUUCCAUUUUUUAUUUAAAAAAAGAGAUAAGUCAGAAGUAUAAUAGACAGCACAUAAAAGAUCCGUUUGAAUUUAACGCAGAGCUUCGCCCUCUGGACCGAGGGUAAUGAACAAUUUAGCUUUUGCACAUCCGCUGGGACUGAGCUGGUCUUUUAAAGGUGGUUAACCUUUCUCACCGGCAGAGAGGAGAAAAAAAAAAUCUUUCAAUGAAUUCAAACAGCCACACUUUCCCUCUUGAAAUUUCAAACAGUGUCUGUCUCUCUUUGCUUUUGACUCCUCCUUUUAAUCUCCUCCACCCACACUCCUCUCCUCUUCCCUCGUCGGGCUUUCUAGUCAGAGCCCCGAGGGCAGGCAAACAGAAAGCGACAAACUCUUAUAAUUGUGAGUGUUAAUUAUGAAGAUGAAUGAGUUAACAGCGGUCUCUGCCAACUGUCUCUUGGCUCAGCACCACACCUCGGGGGGGGAAAGCAGCGGGCAAAACGCUGAACGUCUUCGCAGCCAGAAGGCCUCUUCUCAGGCUUAGCCACCUAUCGUAAUUGUUACCCACUUACUGAGUUCCGCAUACAUGAGAUAAGAAUUGGAUUGAUGGGAGUGCAGUGGCAUCUUCUUGUGCUUGUAGCUGUGACUGUCUGAUUGCCCUCUGUCUGAAUGUUGACAGCGAGAGCGCAGCUCGGUUAAAUUUGUUGUACAUGUUUUUGAUGAAGCACGUGCCUAGUUGGAAGAGUGUGGCCGAGGCGGGUGCAGCAGCCUUCAUAAACACCAAUGUAAUUUCCAGUGUACGUGGAGGAAAAAAAAUCUAAUAUCCCAGCAUGAAAUUGCAGAUAAUAAAACAACGUUACAAGAGAAAAUCUUUCUAGGAUGACGACUUGAAGGCAUAGUUCACCCCAUUAUCAAAUAUACAUGUUUUUCCACUAUCCUUCUCAGAUUGCAUAUGGUCUGACUUACCCAGUUCUGUAGUUAUCUGCAACUGAGAGAUGGCUGCCUUCUCUCUCUAGAAUUAAAUGGAACUUGUAAUGACAAACUAUGCAUUUGAAAAACAUGGCAGCAAUGUAUUUUCUUUGCAGAAGUCACCACCUGUUAAUUAUUUAAAAGAAACACAUCCUGUAUCAGUUUGUCUGCCAAACUAUACCUCUAAAUUAACGGAAGCUGCAUUAGUAUUCAGCUGAAGGAUCAUUAAUGUUUACAUCCUGUCACAGUGUCAUGGGCACAACCUCUUGUCACAGAUAUAUGCGUGCUUCCUUUUGCAAAGUGAUACUGCUGGCAAGGCUAUCUUGAUUAUAGAAAAAAUAUUUCUGAGGAAAAGACAUUGAAGCUUAGUUUUUCAAGGCGCUUCAAGCGCUACAAAACCAACGCCAUCGUAGUUCUGUUAUAGUCGAGAAAACAAAAACAGCUGUUUAAGAGUUUAACAUCUGUAAAAUUGGGCAACUCAUAGUGUAAAUGGAAAGUAUCAGUCACUUUGCACAUACCUCGAGGAUUGAUCAGUUAAAUGCCUAAUAGUACUGUGAUGCCUGUUAGUGUUAUAAAUGAAUUUUCUGAGGAAUGAUCAGAGCCAUUAAUCAUAUUGCAGCGAUUUUCACUUAAAGCGCUUUGUGCAACAGGCUGCUUUCACCCAUUCAAACACACAUUUAUAAAGUGCUUAUUCCAUACAUAAAGCAUUCACACAUCUGCACUCACACACUAGCAAGACUACGACUAGGACACCCUGACCUGCAGACUGGAGCAGCUAGAGGUCAAAGUCAAGUCUACCGCCUGUUUGCAAUGACAAAGAGCAUAUGUUUGUGGGGAUGAAGGAAACCAAGAACUUCUUUCCCGCAUGUAUUGUAACAUCUUUCUGUUCUCUGGACCUGAUGCAUUUGAACAGGACACUCAUCAGUCAUGACAGCCUGAUAAGAGCAUUAGAAGCUGUUGUCCUUCCUCAAUCACACGCAGACAGACUAUUGAUUUCGUGAUUAGGCUGUCUGUCCUGGGUUCUUAUUAAGUCCGUCGAUGGCAUCGGCGGUACAAUUGCAUUGACUGACUGCUGAGCGUUUUUUAAAUGACAGGAAAACAGACUGGUGUAGCUUAUAGCACUCCUAUGUGUCCAUAAGACACUCCAGGUAGUAUCCUGUCCCAUAUGCAUACUACUACUCUCAUAACUCCCUAUCUCAAUCUCAUAACUAUCUCAUGAGGAUUUUUUUUUAAACUUUCGCCUCCCUCCUGAGGACUGCUGCAUCACUUAUCUAACAUAGUGGAAACCACACUGCUGGUAUUUGUAUAACAUCGCAGCUCUGUCUGAUGCUGAGUUGAGACAAUUUAUCACUGUAAAGAAAAUGGUUGGGAUGGAUGGAUGAAUGGAGAUAUGUUACAGUGGGAUUAUGACAAACGCAAAGCAGGAAGCAGUGAAAAUGCUCCCUAUUCUCCUCUGUGAUAUAAAUACUCAAAGUUUUUUGUUAGAACAAUCCAUUUAAACUCUGGGUGUGUUUGUUGUUUAGCCUCUCUGGGCCAUAUUCACACAGCCUCUGUGGAUGAAAAACCCAUCGCCUGCUUUCUGUUCCUCUCGUCAGCUCACACGCUGCUGGUUUAUACCGCUGCAACAGAAAAACAAGAGGCGCUCGGUCAACAGGAGAGAUGGAAGCAAAGUAAUAGUUUGCCAAACUGACAAACAUCACUUCUUUGGCUCUGUUCCCUGCACAACACUUCAGUCUGUGUGUGUUCGUGUCGACUGUGAGCACAGACACAAUAUCGCUGACGCUGGGCUCAUCUACAGCUGUGUGAAUGUGGUCCACAAGUAUUUAUCCAUAUUUAUUGAUGUAUGUUCUUAUGAAUUCCAGUCCUGUCCCUGUAUUAUAUUCUUUACAAGACAAAUGAUCAUUAAAGGAAACCCUUGUUUGGAUCCGUUAA